GAUUACCAUAACGAGAACACAUCUAUUUGAUUAAAGGCGUUGAAUAAAAGUUGAUGAUUUUCGUUCGCAGUUUUAUUGAUUAUUAAGUUUUCAGCUUCGACAAAAGAGAUAUUAGCAACAUGAAGAGCUUUAUUACUUUCCUUCAAUUUUUGACAUUAUAUGCUUUCAUUCAUGGAAUCGAUGGAGCUCCUCGACCUGAUGUUUUGAUUCCUGGCUCUGAAUUGGUUAAAGUCUGUGAGGCAGCUCAGGACAAGCUCAAGACCAAUUGGAAUGUGCAAGAAAUAAGGAAAUUUGUAACUGACCAAUUCAACCAGUAUUUUACCAAAAAGGGACUUUUUAGGAAAGAGAAACCGGAACUCGAACAAGAGGGCAUGAUCAAUCUUAAUAUUGAAAAGUUCUUCACUGUCAUGACGGGUUUAAUCGGUAGCUCAUCUUGUCCUCAUAAGCGAAAAUUCACUGACUGUUCAAGUUUAGGAAUCCCAGAGCAAGUCAAUAUUCUGGAUCAAUCACAAUUAGAUUCAAUCGUAUACAAUUUACGUUACAUUGGAUAAUUUAUAGAGGAUAAUAUUUACCUGAACAAACCAAUAAAACCAAAUGCAAAUAUAAAGAUGAGCUGAAACUAACUGUUGAUCAAAAAUUUUCAUGCGACUAACUGUAAUUGACUUUUAUUUUUCCUUGAAGUCCUUAAACAAUAAAAUAAAUUCUGAUUAAU